AAACAGGUUAACAUUAGCAAGCGUUCAGUUUAAAGGUUAAAUUUUACCUUGGUUAUCACCACUGUACACAGCCAGUGCUACAUUUCCCUUGCCUCAAGCCCCUAUAUUGAAAAACACUGCAAGUCAUUAUGACUUAUGACAAGCUUGAUGGGAAUCAUAUUACAAAGCAAACUUGCCAGGCAAGACAGAAUUAUAAAAGGUUUCAUUUUACGAUGUACAAAACAAGAUAAAUUUAGUAUAUACAAACCGGUACCAAACGCAAUUCUUUUUUUCCCCUUAGGAUCAACAGGGUUCUGGGGAUUUCUACUUUGGUCCCCAUGAAAUGAAAAUGAAAUUAAGUUAUCAACUCAGGAGGCUGCCAAAUAAGCUUGUAAUAUGCAUUUAUAAUGGUCAAAUGCAGGAAUGCAAUGCUCAAGCUUUAGUAAUGGUCAAAUCUCAUUUUUUACGGUUACUGGAACCAGUAACCGUAAUAUGAAUUAUUUUAAAGUGGAAACUCAAGCUUAAAGUGGAGUUUAAAGUGGCCUCCAUCUCAGACAAGUUACUGAGCUCAGCCUGUUAGCAUUUACUGUUAGCAGUAAUUCUGCUGCUCUGUUAUAGGCGACACGAAGAGGGGACAGAAAUGAACGGCACUCAUAACGCCACGUUGCUGACCACGCCCCCUGACCUGGUGCUCUCCAUCAAUAUGCCCUACAUGGUGGCCGAGCUGGUGAUCGCCGCCCUCUCCACCGUGGGCAACCUGCUGGUCUGCCUGGCCGUGGGGCUCAACAGGAAGAUGCACACCGUCACAAACUACUUCCUGGUGUCGCUGGCCGUGGCGGACGCGUGCGUGGGCGGGGUGGCCAUCCCUUGCGCCAUCCUGACGGACAUGGGCAUCCCCCGGCACAACCUGUACCCGUGUUUGCUUAUGCUGUCCGUGCUCAUCAUGCUCACUGAGAGCUCCAUCUUCAGCCUGCUGGCCGUGGCUGUGGAUCGCUACCUCGCCAUCUUCCUGCCCUUCCGCUACCCUACCCUGAUGACGCCCCGCAACGCCCUCCUGGUCAUCCUGGUCACCUGGGUCCUGUCCUUCCUCAUUGGCCUAGUGCCGCUCAUGGGCUGGCACAAGACCCCGCCCGAGUCCGGCUACUGCUUCUUCGUCUUUGUGGUGGACAUGACCUACAUGGUCUACUUCAACUUCUUCGGCUGCGUGCUGGCGCCGCUGGUGAUCAUGUUCCUGAUCUACGCGCGGAUCUUCGCCACGGUGAAGCGGCAGGCCAGGCGGAUCGCGGCCGAGCGGGGGCAGGGGGAGGCGCAAGCCCGACGCGCCGCCAGCAUGCGCACCGAGGCCAAGACCGCCGCCUCGCUCUUCCUGGUGCUCUUCCUCUUCACCGUCUGCUGGAUCCCACUGCACAUCAUCAACUGCUUCCUGCUGCUGUGUCCGAGCUGUCCCGUGCCCCUCCCCCUCCUGCUGACCGCCAUCAUCCUCUCCCACGCCAACUCCGCCGUCAACCCCUUCCUCUACGCCUACAAGAUGAAGUCCUUCCGGCGCUCUUUCAAGGCCAUCUUCCUCUGCUGUAGGGUUGAGAUGGACCAGGACGACAGGAUAGAAGAUGGGGACACAACCACCCACAAGUCCUGA